AUGCUGACUUCGGCCACCAGGUCUCGUAGGGAUGGACGUUCAGCGAAUGGCACCUUGACCCUGCGCCGUUCCUCGACCACACCGCUCAGCCAAUCAUCCCAGACGCCAGCACCGGUAGACAACGCUGUCCAACCCCCCAGCGCCGAACCGUCAGCGGUAGAACUGAGUCCUGCACGAUAUAGUAAGGAGGACCUGCUAGAUAUGUAUCGCCCGCAAAGGAUCAGCGAGGACCCCUCGCGCCUCUUCAUGCAAGGCUGGAAUCCAGGCCACGUGAAUGGCGGCGCCGUCAGGGCAUGGGGGAAGAGUAACGAGAACCACGUUCCACAAGAGCCUGGUGCCUGUUGGGACGUGAACGGGGAGAGCACACCAAUGGGACAUCAGGGUUUGACUUCGGACGAAAAAGAGGCAUUUAUGACGGAAAUCAAUUCGCCUCUCAAACCCCCCACGGGGAACAACAACACGAAUAACCCAGGAGCCGUGAAUGGUCGGAAACCAUCAUUUUCGCAUGGAUCGGGGAACUCAUUCGCCGUGAGUUCACCAUCAUCUGCAACCCGACCCGGCACCCGCAGACGAGAAACGCUAGACUCGAACCCGUUCAGCCCUGGAGGCCUCAACUCACCCACGACGACGAGAAACCGCGACGACUCUUUCUGGUAUUCCCGCAGGAGCACCGAUAUAAAGGAGGCGGAGGUGGACGAGUCUGCGGAGGAUCAGGGCCCUCGUGACCCGCAAAACAAGCUGCCAUUUGGAAAUCUAAUCCGGGCCAACACUACUGGAGGGACGUCAGGCAUGGGUUCAAUAUGGUCCGCGUCGACACCGACCACUCCGAGUGGCGGAUCCUUUGGCAAUUUUGCAAUAGGAAGCGCUGCUGUCGGCACGAAGCCUGCUGCAGGUCCUGUAGGUGGAAGUCGUCUCGCGCAUCUAAUUCCCAAAGAUCAAGCUGAAGCCGCACAAACCCGACAGGGCGAGGGCCAGGGAACUGCGAAUCAACAAUCCUGGCGUUCUCGGCAACGAACCGACACGGAUCCGUUCGGUGAAGAUGGCCUGUCUGGCAGUGCUGUUCUCGGUGGUGCUCAAGAUACUGCAGCCAGUAUUUCGCAGACUGGUCGUGUCGGAACCCUAGGCACGCCUGUCAAGGGCUCGACUGGCGAUUUUGGUAUGGCUGGACUCAACCUGGGGGGCGACGAGAAUGACCCAGUGAGCCCUUCCGAGACAAAUCCAUACCGUAGCCCUCCAGCUGAACGUCAUGAUCAGGAUGACGACGAAUCGAGCGGAUCGAAACAGCCCAUCCCCUUCCCCCUCGACCAGUCAUCUGGUUUCAAUCCUCUGCAGCAACGCGGCUUCGGCCCAGGGUCUGAAGGGGCUGAUCGUAGUCAAACAUCUAGUGCAAAAGGAUUCCCUAUCAGCCACAUGUCAGCCUGGGGAGCGCCUGGCCCCAGCGGUACACCAGACCGAGAGCGUGCCAACUUCCCUGGCGCUGCGUUCUCACCAGCCAUUUUCAACUCGAUGAACGAUAUUCAAUCACCCACUCUGGGGAACCUCAAUAACGUUUUUGGGCCAGCUGGCAAUAUCGGCACUGGUAGUAUCGGUCGCGGAAGCAAGCUUGGAUCUCUUUUCCCUGCCGCUAUGCAAGCGCAGAUGCAGUCUCAUGAGCAUGAGGGCCUCGGCGACUCGGGCCCAGAUCUUCGACAAGCUAACCCUCUCGGUGCCAUCGGCCGCAGCAACUUCCCUGGUCCUAUCCGAGACACGGAGAGCCCGAUGCGAUCCAAUCGUGGAGUUUUCGAGGAGCUUUUCCCUUCGAGCGAGGCAACCCGAUCCCAGGCCUUGUAUGGCUCGGCAGAACCAGUUCAGCCCGGCGGCACUUCCACAGCUCCGCAAUCCUUCACUCCUGUGAGUGGAGGCAUGAACUUUGGUGGUGCUGGCCAGAACGUGAUUGAGCCUCCUUCAGCACAGGCACGCACCAUGGUUAUGCCAGACCGGAUGAGGUGGGUAUAUCUUGAUCCCCAGGGUCAGAUCCAAGGUCCAUUCACCGGUCUGGAGAUGAACGACUGGUACAAGGCUCACUUCUUCACGCCUGACCUAAGAGUGAAGAAGGUGGAGGACCCGGAGUUCGAACCACUAGGGCAGCUCAUUCGACGCAUAGGAAACUCUCGUGAGCCCUUCUUGGUUCCACAGGUCGGUAUCCCCCAUGGCCCGCCGUCGCAAGCGUCUGGGUUCCCAGGCGCAGCCCCCGGAAGCGUCGUCCCACCACUCAGCGGAGUGUUCCCCAGCUUCGGACGAACCCUGACAGCGGAGGAGCAAAACAAUUUGGAGCGUCGUAAGCAGGAGGAACAGUACCUGAUGGCUCAACAGAGAGAGUUUGUCAUGCGCCAGCAAGCUAUGAGUAGAUUCCAGGGCCAGCAGCAACCUGGUCUGCAACACCAUUCCAGUGCUCAUAGCUUGCAGAGCCAGCCAAGCUUCGGCAGCAUCACCUCACCCAUCGGCAUGCCCGGCCAGAUACCGCAGCAGGCCAUCGGUGCUAUCGGUCCAAAUUCUACCGGCUUCUUCGACUCAGCUGCUGAGGGGUCACAACCGGGUGGUCCCUCGUUGUCGGGAAACGAGGAGCCUUCAGGAGAUGAGUUAGCGCAUCUCUCCGCCACGGAGCGUCAGAUAAUGACCGCACUGCAAGCAGGUCAACCCCCGAACCAAGUCCCUGGGGCUUUGGCACAGGAGGUUGACUUGCGUAGCGGUCUGCCAGACACUGACCAGCUUGGAGAGGAUCCUGAAGGCUUUCGCGAGCGCUUGAAAGAAUUUGAAGACCUGCGGGCUCAGCAUGACGCAGAACAGGCAGCCCAGGCACAAGAAGUGGCCAACGAGUUGGCUGAAAAUGAGCCCACCGCCAACGCUUCUGCAACCAACGAUGUACCAGCAGGGCAACCAGUUCCGACACGCAAGACUAAGACGAAGAAGAAGUACGAAGACUUCACCUUGUCUCUUACUCAACAGGUACAGAAGACACAGGCUGCUGUCGCCGCUGCACAAUUUCCUGUCGAGGUUGACAUGCCCAUGCCAUUCCCGCCUCCCGCUUCUACGACACCCCUUCCGGCCCCAACAGCCCAGCGGGCUCGCUCUCAUCUUCCAGAGCAGUAUAGCCGCUCGCAGUCUGGUAGUCCCAACGACGAGGCUAGCAACGCACCCCCACCGCUUGCUCCUUGGGCCAAGGAGCCUGGAAAUGACGCUCACAAGGGCCCCAGCUUGAAGGAAAUCCAGGAAGCCGAGGCGCGCAAGGCCGCCAAGGCAGAAGAAGCUGCUGCGGCGCUUAGAAAGGCUGCACUGGAACAAGAGGCCGCAUUGCUCAGAGAGAAGGAGAAGCAGGCUGUAGCUGCUACCACAGCUGGCCUGCCUGCGACUAGUACUUGGGGGCAUGUUGCUUCUCCAGUUGCGGCAACGAGCAGCCCUUGGGCCAAGCCCGGCGCUGUCAAGGUUCCCGCUCCGGGCCUGGGCAGUGUCAGCACGCCUGCGGGUAAGAAGACACUUGCCGAAAUUCAGCAAGAGGAAGAACGCCGCAAGCAAAAGGCCAAGGACGCGGCGGUUCAGUCUGGGGCUGCGCCUACGGGCUCCAAGAGCUAUGCCAAUCUCGCCGGAAAGCCAGGCCAGCCACCCAUGCUUGCUAUCCCUGCUGCUGCUUCCACACCCCCAGGCGCUGGUUGGGCUGUCGUCGGUGCCGGUGGGAAAGCUAAGGCGUCCCCUGCUGGCCCGACCGGUCAGGCUCGUUCCGUCAGCGUGAACAGUCCCAAGACUCCGGUUGCUGCCACCGUCAUCAAGUCAAUCUCCCGCUCUGGUCCCGCCAGCAGCGUUAGCAAUGCCGCAAUGGAUGAGUUCCGAAAAUGGGUUACCCGUGAACUCUCCCGCGGCAUUACAGGUGUCACUGACAUUGCUGCAUUCGCUAGCACUCUUGAUGCUUUCCCAGCCGAUUCUGGACUUAUUGCCGAUGCUGUUUAUGCCAACUCGACCACAAUGGAUGGACGCCACUUCGCGGAGGAGUACGUCCGACGCAAGAAGCUAGCCGAGAAGGGCGUCGCUGAAAAGCAGCCAUCUGUUAUCACAGAAGUGAAGGCCGGAGGCUCCGGUGGAGGAUGGAGCGAGGUUGCGAAGAAGAGCAGCACGCCCAUCACCCCUACAGCUCCCAAAGAUGAUAUCCAAUCUGCCGCUGGCUUCAAGGUUGUCCCCAGCAGGAAGAAGGGCAAGAAAUAG